UUCUGCGAUGACGGUAGUCGAUGUACUCGACACGUAAGCAUUCUCUUUUCACACCACUUUCCGACGCAGUAGAAAUUUGUUCCAGUUACUAUUUCGAACCUUUGUACCACUACUCUGAAAAGGAAUUGAGUGUGUUUUGGUCAUCUAACGUCUUACAUGGACGCAAAUUUUCUUAAGUGUUUCGUUCUUAUUCUGUUUUAAAAGUUUAUCAGAAUCUCGGUAAGUACUCUACUACUAUUACCUGUUCAAAAGGCCAUUUUUGUUCAAGUUGGAACAGCGGCUUAAUGCAUGCCAGACGACUCUGAAUCGGGGAACUGGGGAGGAAUGAUUUAUCAACCUCUGAUAUCACUUCAUUUAGUUUAGGAACUUUCUAAAGAGCUGGUAUACCAUCGGAAGUGUAAUUGUUUUGAAGUUGUCGUUAAAACUCUUAUUUGGAACGUGAUAAACAAAUUGAAUGAACUACAGAAGCAUUUAUUUGGAACAGUGAUGCUAACCAGGUUAAGUAAUCGUUGCCGUGACAAAAGAAGGAGUUUCCGAGAUUGUAUCUUACUAUAGAGAAUGAUGGCCGGUGCUAAAAUGUUUCCAGGCUGUCGUCGUCAGAUGGCGCUGGCAACAUUACUGAUGUGCCUUCAGUCCUUCUUUAUUGUAGGUUCCAGGGCUAUUAAUGCAGGUUGCCGAUGUGUGGAGUUUGAUACAACCUAUGGGAAGGAUUACGGUGUGUUUACCUCACCUAAUUGGCCAAUUCCUUAUGAUGAAAACAUCAACUGCUUAUUAUACACGUUCAUUGGUAAAGAAGACGAGCUUAUAGAAAUAACGUUUGAUGAAUUUGACGUACAAAAGUCUAACAUAGAGUGUCGCUACGUGGAUUACGUUAAACUUUUCCUGCACCUGACAGAACCAGCAGUGAAUGAAUUCAACCAAGAAAACUUCAUCUUGUGUGGUAAGCUGUCGGACGUGGAGACGACCCACUAUUCUGCAGGCCAGUAUCUGAUGUUUGAGUUCCACUCUGACUGGCGACGUGGCAAUAACACAGGCUUUAGAGGGACAUUUCGCUUUCUCAGCAAAAAUUUGUUCCAGACAGAUGGAGAGCCUCUUCACGGUUCGGAAUGUGAGUACCAGUUUCUCAGUGGAAACGGGAGCCAUGGCAACGGCCGUUUCUAUUCACCCCUGUAUCCUAGCAUUUAUCCAAAGAAUAUUGUAUGUGCUUAUCAUUUUAUAGGGGUACACAGCGAGAGAGUGCACCUUGUUUUCGAAUACGUGAGGCUUCAAAGUGGUGACCUUAGUUGUCUGUUUAACGCUGAUAAAAUUGUAGUGCAUGACGGGAAAGAUCGACACAGUACUGUGAUUGGAGAAAUGUGCAACAAAAUCAGCUUUAUAGAAGUGGUGUCAAGUGGUCCAGACCUAUACGUAGAGUUUAUCAGCAGCAGCCAUUUUCCAGGUCAAGGGUUUAGGGCCACUUACGAGUUUGAAAAGAAAAGUCGCAAUCAAGGAUUGAAUAUUCCAUCAACAGAACCUGAAAAGAGUGACUCCACAACCUCUACAUUGACAACCCAAAACCCUGGUCAAGACUACCAUAAAUGGAUAAGCAGCGAUGUCUCCAGAAACGGAACCAUCUCUAGUCCUAACUACCCUAAACCCUAUACCUCUAACGUCCACUACUCGUACACGUUCUCUAGUAGGGGUAAGGAGAGGGUGCAGAUCAUCUUCACAGAGUUUGAUCUCUUCAUGCCGUUUACUAUAAACAGGAAAUGUGAAGAUGUUGAUAAUUUGGUGGCAUUCAUUAACAUCAACGGUGAGAAGAGGCGGAUCGACAGAUUUUGUGGUCGAACCAUCCCACCACAACUUAUGGCCAACGGGCCUUCCAUGACUCUCGAAUUUCAAAGUCUCGAAUCAACUACCUCUGCAAGGGGCUUCCACGCCAUCUACCGGUUUGUCACCAAUUUCGGUAUAAAUGUGGGAUCCCAAGACAACCAGUCAGUUUGUGGCUAUGUCUUCAAUAGUUGGGAGAGGUCAAACGGAAGCUUCACAUCACCCAACUACCCAGGACUCUACCCACGUGACAGUGAGUGUCAUUUUUUCUUCUACGGCAGGGACACUGAGAGAGUUCACAUCACGUUUGCUUAUUUCGACGUAGAAGGCGUGACACCGUGUACAAUGGACACAGCUAGCGAUUACGUUGAAUUUUCCAACUUCAGGAAAGUCGACAUGGGCGUUCACCGCCACUGCGGCAUCCAGAAACCGAAAAAAAUCCAGUCCGAUGGAAACUUCUUCCGAGUGACGUUCAAGUCAAACAACCGAUUUGAUGGAACUGGUUUCGAGGCUUUUUACCAUUUCAGGAAUCAUGUUGAUCCUUUCACUGUCAAAAGGGUUCGUGGAAGUGCAGGAGCCCCACUAAAAUGCUCCAGUCGAAUACAACAUAUAAUAACAUUUCUCUUCAUCACCGAAGUGUUGUGUGUGAUAUUACAUCGUGUGUUAUGAAGAAAAAACUACAUACCUCUCUCCGCUCUGAAGUGUUACUAUCACCCUGAAGUGCCUACAUUACAGAGCAUUGGCAUCCUGGCUCAUUUCCUCUGUGAUAUUUUUGACUCAAUGCCUGACGUCACAAUCUGAGGUGAUAUCGGACGCCCUCUAUGACCAGGAAUAUAUACUAAUCGUGUUUAAACCAAAUACGACGUCCUUGUGCGUGUAUGAUGUCAUUGAAGUGUCCAGCAGUGCGAAAUGAGCUUCAUCUUUCAUCCAAAAGAAACAAUAUUAUA